GUGAGCUCUUUUAGAAACCUUUAAAAUAAGACAAAAUAGCACAAAUAAUCAAAAAAUGAAAUAAAUUAAAUAAACAAAGACGAUUUAAAGAAUUGAUUGUUUAUAUUUUUUUGUUUAUCUAUAAUCUACUACUCCAGAUUUAGCACGGAAGAGAACCACAAAAUCACAGGCAUUAUCUCCGACCAUGAAACGCAACGAAAACAUAACCUGUAAGUCUUUCGUUGCGUCUUUUUAUAUGUAGUGAUUCAAUUGAGUGAAAAUGUCUUUAAAAAGAAAACUGACGCAGAAUGAUCUGCGUAAGGCGAUGAAUGAACACAAGAAGAAAUUCGGUGUAAUUAAGAAGAUUGAUUCGCCGUUGGCAAAGUAUACAGAUUCAGGACAACUUAUGUGCAUUUUAUGCAAAUCAGUCGUGCGUAGUGAAACAGUUUGGCCUGUUCACUUAAAUUCCAAGGUACACAAGGAUAAUGUUGUAUUAGCGAAACAGACUAAACUAGAAACGGAGAACACUGUCAAAGCGUCAAAUGUUCAAACAUUUAAAAGACCUCCCUCUCCAUCUCAAAAUACUUCUGCGAAUAAAAAGAUAAAAGGAAUAUUAAAAAAUUCAACCCAGCCAGUAUCACAGGUCAACUUAAAUUUACCAGCAGAUUUUUUUGAUGAUAAUUCAAAACAAGUUAAUAGUGCAUCCGCUAUAACACAAAAGUUAGAAAGUAAAGAAAGAGAUUCCGUUGUUAAUACUGUCGAUAUACAGCAUGUAGAAGAGGAAGAAAAAGAAAAAGAGAAAGACAAAGUAAAAGAUACAAAUCUAGCUGUUCUUCCAGAAGGCUUUUUUGACGACCCAGUGAUGGAUGCUAAAGUUCGUAAUGUUGAAUACAAAGACCCUAUUGAAGAAGAAUGGGAGAAGUUUCAAAAGGAAAUUAAGGAAGAAACUGCGCAAUCCGCACAAAUUAUAGCUGAUGAUCAGGAGGAGGCUACAACAGAAAGGCAAUUGGAUGAAAUAGAGGAACAAAUUAGGCAUUGGUCUAGAGUAAUGGAUCUUGCAAAACGUAUGGAACAAGUACAGGGUACUGAUAGAAAGCAAGAAAAUAAUGAUGAUGUAUCAAGUGGUGACGAAGCUGAAUUCGACGAGUUUCUCGACUGGCGAGCAAAAAAUUCAUAUAAAUGAAAAAUUUUAUGUAUCUAACAAUUCUGUAAAUAUUAUUCUCUAUCCUUUUUAGAUUUAUUUGUAUAAAUUGAUAAGGUUUUUCUUAAUUAAUUUACAUUUAAUGCAUCCUUUUCCUUUAUUGUAAAUGAAUUCUUUAAAAAUAAUAAAUAUAUCUUAUUUCUAUUUUCUAAAGGGACGCGUUACGCAAGAAUGUAUCACAAAGAGGAUUUAAAAAAUAUUAAAACUUAUAAUUAUAUAUUUUUUUACUUGAAAAAAGAAAUAUUACUUUAUCAUUCAUUACAAUUAGUAUUUUCCUUCUAAUUAAAUAUUACAGUUGGAAUUUUUAAUAUUUUUUAUAUCUUGUAUCUUUUAAAUCUUGUUAUUUUUGCUAGUUAUCAAGAAGGAAAAUUAAAUUAAUGCAUGUUGUAUACAGUGUAUUAAGAUUUUAUUAAAACGAAUUUGAAGAGUCAGAAUAAUUGAAUUUUAGAUACAUUUGUUAUAGAUUACUCAUUUGAUCGUCGUAAGCUAUAUAAUAUGAAAAGUAUGAUAUAAAGUUACAAGGUACGCUAAGCCGCUAUAAUAAAGUUAAUACAAGUAAUUACGAUGUAGAUCACGUAAUUUGACGAUAUUCAUUUUGUUUUUGCACAUACUGGACUUUAUAAAAUAUUCUGAAAAUCUGAGAAAGAGGGACUCGCGUUUAUAUUUUACCCGCACCCAAUCUCAUACCGUGUCUUUUAAACAUAACGCUUCACACUUUCAAAUUAUUUCUGGUACCAAUUCUUCGACCUACAAUAUGAUUGCAAGUGAGAAUUUCUUGGAAUUCCGGUUGCUUUCUAAAAACCAUCGCUACGUAGAUAUUCUUAGAGAUUAUCAAUUAGCAUUGUAACAUAGAGCUUAUUUAUAGUUUUAAUCAAUAUUUACGCUUAGAUCAGUAAUUUACGCGUCAUCGGUGCAAGUACAUACAUACAUAAAUACAUAUGCGCGCGCGUGUGUGUGGUGUGGUGUGGUGUAAUGUGGUGUGUGUGUGUGUGUGUGUGUGUGUGUGUGUGUGUGUGUGUGUGUGUGUGUGUGUGUGUGUGUGUGUGUGUGUGUGUGUGUGUGUUUCUCGGCAUAUGUAUGUAUGUAUAUAUACUUAUUUUCUAUCAUUUUGAGAACGCGUACUAUUAAAAAUGUAUAUCCUAUGAUCAGAUCACAAUGUGUCGUGAGUACCGUUGACGAUUUGCUAAUCGAGCAACGGUAAGACAGACAGAAGUAAUUCUAUCUAUCUUGUGAAUAAUAAUAAAUAGCAAGCACAAAGUUUAAAGGUACGUAUAAUAUGACGAAUUUUAGAGAUCCGCAAAAGCUUAUUCAAUAAUAGAGUAUUAAUACCAUAUGCCGCAUAGUCUUUUGAGAGCAAGCAGUUUUAGCGAUCAAAUUUCAUCGCUUAUGAGAAGAAACAACUUACUUCGUCGGCUUACAAGCUACAAUAUAUCGCGCGGCAAUUAAUAUUUAUCUGUGUGUAGGAAUAUAUGAUUUUGGGUGACAAUAUAUUCGUGCUGAGUUCGAAGAUACGUAAAAAUUCGUAAGGUAAAUUACAAUUAUUCGCAUUGUACUCGAUGAAGGAUCGUUUUUUUUGAGAUUAUUAAAAAAUACGAUCGCGAUCGCGUGCUCAUAAUUAAAAUGAUCAUCGUUUAUACCAAGUGUGUUGACUAUGUGUCGCCGUUCCUCGGAGGACAGGUCAUUGACGUCUACAAUUUCAGGACAUGAUCUUUAAAUCCGCGACACUUUGAAUACCUAUGGGACACUAGAUCGAAACUAAUCGAUAUCAAAUAGAGAGAUCUUUCUUCUGAAUUAUUCUGAACUUCUCCAAAUUUGCAUGCCCUAGACAGAAACUAAUUCUUCAUCGUUUCUAAGAAUCGACAGCGAUUUUUCCUAAUCGCGACUAUAUAUUGGUCAGUAAACAAUAGUAGAUUAUUUGCAUAGUUUGAAAUUUUCUUUAUAUUCGAUUUUUCCUGUGAAAUAUUUUUCUAGGAACGGGCGAUGAUCCAAACACUUCCCCAUAUUUGGAUCACGGCAUCGCGUUCCUCCUAGUAUUCACAUUUACAUUAUCUAUUUCUCAUUACGAUAUCAAGAAAAUCUUGACCGUUCUAAUCUACAGUUAUCAUUGCUAUUAAUUUGGUCGUUGAAAAGAUUCGCGACUGCUUCAGCAGUUAGGAAUCCGUAAUCGAUUAAUGAUAGCGCAAUGAAUCGGUUUGGCACGCGAUAAUGCGCAAUGCAAAACACUUUUUAAAUGCAUACCACAAAUUUGCUAGAAUUAUUUAGUCUCCCGUUUACAAGUUGUUCAGUGAAUAAUAAUGCUUGCGGGAGCUGACAAUUAAAAUCGAAACUAUCUGAUUAUACAUUUUGAGACGCGUCUGUGUGUAAAAAGAAAUUAGUUCUAACAAGAGAAUGUCAUAAUUACAUAUUGUUCAUUUAUCAUCGAAUAAAUCGAUCCGUCAAACAUCGAGGAAAAUUACUUACAACAUUACAAAGUACUUAGCGCUAGAAAAUGUUAUAUUUUAUCUUUUUUUUUAUCAUCGAGCUUCUGCCAAGAAAGGAGUAGAGUAGAGUGUGCAAAAAGUACUUAAUUCCUUAAUUCGUUUAAAGUUAGAGACUUACAAAAGUGAGCGAGCGUUUUUGAGUGAUAAAGAAUAGGCACUCUGCUUGAUCCGUUUUGCUUUUUCAUUUUUUUUCAUCUUUUCCUUUGUUUCUUUAAGAGCGGAGAAAAACAUCUGCGCGCGAACUUGCUCGCGAAUACACUCUUAAUAAGUGAUAUAUCGGAUUAAAAUAUAUACUAUAGAAUAUCAUAUAUCCGCAUCGUCGAAGCGUCAACUCUAUAGAUGAGAUAUCCUGAAGCUCGAGAAAAAUUCAUUAGGAUUUUGUGCAGAUCAUUUUGCGCGAUGGAUCGUGUGUGUGUGUGCUCGUUAGACUUACUGUACGUAAUACCCUAGGUAGAAGAGGAACGUCAAGCGCCCUGAAAAAUCGCGCGAUCCCGAACAGAAACCUUCCCCGAAUUUCGAUCCCGGACCGUCCCGAUUUUUCGACGGUGACGUCGGUCAAUGGUUCGAUCUGUUAAGAUCACCAAACUUACACGCUAGAUAUACUUAUUCACGAAUACGAUCAGAUUCUGCCUGGCCGUUAUCUAUUAGAUUUUGGCCAUCUCACGUACACAUGCACGCGCACGCACGCAUCUCUUAUGUGAAGCAUCAUCGCCGCGUUAAAAGUAAUACUAUCGAUAACGAUGCUUUCCCUUUGAUUCGCGCGCGGAUGCGCGAACCUAUGGAUAGUCGUAGGAUGCAUAUCACGAAUAAAGACGAAUUUAAACGCGGACGAUGUCAGGUGCGGGGCGACAAUACCCUAAGCGAGUCAUUUCGUUCGACACUCCUCAUGAGGAUAGGAGCGAUUAUAACGACAGCAAUGAUACUACUGCUACUAUUAAUUAAAAUAAUAAUAAUAAUAAUAAUAAUAACAGUGACAAUAACAAUAAUCACGAUAAUGCCCGCGAGAAUAAUUGCAGUUAUGUGUUGUACGCAAUAACACGAAUCACAGAGUGGAGACAGUUACUAGGCAUUACAGAAGUAAUCUACAUAUAGUGCAGGUAGUGCCAAGCUUACAUGAAUAAUCGUGUGUAUACGCAUUUAUUAAUAUAUCUUAUAGAUUCUUUCUCGUACGAUAAUUAUACGUAACUGUGUGUAUAAUAUAUAUAUUUUUUUUGUAUUCGUAAUAUAUAAAUUCGGUCGAUAAAUUUAGAUCUAUCUCUAGGAACGCGAUAGCGCAGGCACUAAAUUGUUGAGAUACAAUCGCACUGGGCUACGAUCGCUCGUCUGUCCGCACAAUUCUAUCGGAAUAUGGACAUUGCAAGCUUCCCGAAAUACCGUAAUGUACUCUUGUGCGAUUAACAAUAAGAUAUUCGUAUAAAGUCGCAUGCGUCCAAACUUUUGUGUCGAAAGAUGCGUGUAAUCGCGCUGUUUGGUCGCUCUACACAAAGAGGUUCCUUCCUGCGUAAUGCCAGACAUGAGAAUUUAACGGAUUUCCAUUGGACGUGAAAAAUACACACGCAACAUUCGCCAAUACAAUGCUGUAUGUCAUUACGAUUUCUACGAAGCAGGCUACAAGCAUUUUUCGAGCGAUCGAGAUGUGUGGGCAAAAUUUGAGAUGAAACUCAAUUAACACGUGUCGCAGAGAAGAGAGGAGUUGUACGAGGCAAAAGCGAUAAUAAACGACUAAGCUUAUGAUAAUAUAAUUAGCAACGUUCCCGCGCAUGAUCUUAAAAUACUUACUCUAAAUCUUAGAAUUUCUUGUGUAUUAUAUGUAUGCGUACGCUUUUUGGACCGCUACAAACUAGAUUCAUCUUUUGAUGUUUUUUUUUUUUAAGAAUUAAAUCUUAAUAUGUGUAUAUAUUUCUUUUUUUUUUUUAAUUUUACCUCUCUUUCUCUUGCUUAAUCUCGAUAAUGAGGAGAAAAGCAUAAAUUUUCGAGUGCUAGUUGCCAGUGUUGCAUCAACAUCGAGCUCGACGAACAUUUCCACCUGCGUGUUCAAUAAAUCAAAUUUAUCAAUACACGAACAUGAAAAUUGGACUUCAAAUAUUCGUAAAUUUAAUUACUCGCGAGCUCGACGCGUUAGCGAUAAGUUUGGCUGCGAGAAGAAAUUCAAUCGCGUGAAUAUUGCGAAUCUCAAUGCUAAUCGCAAUACAUACUAUUAUAUGAAAUGACCUACAAAUAUACGUGUCUAUUGGUCAUUCUACGAAGUUCCUUUGCCCGUUUAAUUCGAUAGAAACACGCGUAGUGUUUCACACAGAUUUUUAUCGAUCUUGUUGUAAAAUGAAAACUUUUUAAAAGAAACAAAACAUUUUUAUUUGAAUAAAGUUUCUCUAAAAUUUCUUAGAGCUUUCUAAAUUUUGCAAUUCUUCGAUUUUUUCUAAGUAUAUAUCUGUAAUACAAUAUAUAUUUAUUUAAAAGAAACUCUCUUUUUGUUCUUUCCUCUCUAUUUCUUUUUUUUCUCCAAAUUCUCUAAUAUAUUUCAAUUUUGUUUGCCAAUAUUUAAUGUAAAUAUUAUAAUAAACACUCCAAUAUAGACAAGAAAAAAAAACAAACUUUAAAAGAAACGUUUCUAAAGGAAUUUUUUUAAUUCAUAAGCAUACUAUCUUUUUUUUCAUUCUACGUGAAAUCUGUACGCACCUCAAGGAAAUGUCGUCUACUCAUGCUCUGAUUACGUUUAAUUGAUGCGAUUAUCAUUCAAUGCUACGCUUAUGAUUGUAAGCUUAAUAUUCGUCAGAUGCACUCUUAAUCACCGCCGCGUGGCACCGCUUACCGAAUCCGGCAACGCAUCUCACUUUCAAUUUUGCACCGACGAAAACGUGCGACGUGCUAUCUCCUCUGGUCCCUUUCGCGUUGGCUUGUCGCGAGCCAAUCGAGCCGCAGCGUUUCGCUUUCGAUGUGAAGGACUAAUCGAUCUUGCGAUUGUCGUCCUGCCACGUCUCGAUCCCGCGGCGUCUCUCUCACACACACACCGAAAAAAAAAAAA